AUGACUCCAAAACGUAACCCUGAAGAAACACAAGCAUGGCUUGUCGGAGGGGGCAUCGCAUCCCUCGCCGCAGCAGUUCACCUACUCAACAAGGCCAACUUGCCAGCAGACCAAAUACACAUCCUAGAUAUUCGCCAUAGCAGCGGCGGUUCGAUGAAGUGCUCUGGAAAUUGUGUUGAUGGCUACGUCCUACAUACUGGCGCCCUGCCCUACCUUCGCGGGCAGUGCGUGGCCGAUCUGCUAUCAAUGGUUCCUAGCGCUGCAAGUCCGACUAUGAGUUACUUGCAGGACGUCAAAUCUUAUGAGUGCUAUAUUCGGCCGAUCAAUAAGGCGCACACAAGGGCGAUCAAGAGAGGUGACGACGGGUUGCAUAGGGUGGACGUGCAUCAGCUGCGCGUCGGCGCAAAGAUACGCGGCGAGCUGGUCCGGUUCUUGUUUGAUGGCGAGCGGUGCCUGGACGCAAAGCAGAUCGAUGAUAUCUUUGAUGACCCGUUCUUCGUGUCGGAGUUCUGGGCUUUGUGGUCAACAACUUUCCUGCUCCAACCGUGGCACAGCGCAAUUGAGUUUCACAGGCUUCUCGUCAAGCAUCUACCCCAUAUGCACACUGAAAACGACGUGCGUCGGCUAGAAAGGACGCAGUUCAGCCUCUAUGAGUCGCUGAUCUUCCCCAUAACGGCAUACCUUAGGGACGAGGGAGUGAACUUCCACUUCCACACUGUAGUCACUGAUAUCAAGAUGUAUCCCGCGAAGGAUCCCAAGACCGUCGAGAAGAUUGUCCUAACUGAGCAUGGCCAGGAUGCCGCCAUCACUGUGUCUCCAACUGACAUUGUGAUUGUGACGUUGGGAUCUUUAUCAACAGGCUGGAAGACCGGAUCAAACGAUGAACACCCUCAAUCACCGUCGCCCUUAUUUCUGGGUCCAGAAUGGACGCUCUGGCAGAGACUUCACGAACAGUCACCCAAGUUUGGCAAUCCUGAUGUCUUUUCAUCCCGCAUAGCCGAGUCCACAAUCGAGACAUUCACCAUAACAUUACGCGAAGCGGACUUCUUCAAGCACUAUUGCCGUCUAACACAGGACAAACCAGGGACAGGAGCUCUGCUCACCGUCCUCGAAAGCCCUUGGGGAUUGAACAUCAGCGUCCCCCACCAGCCGGUCUUUGGAACACAGCCAAACGACAUCUACGUGGUUUGGGGAUAUGCACUGAACCCAGACCAGACCGGCGAAUACGUUCCGAAACCAAUGAGGCAAUGCUCUGGCCGGGAAAUUCUGCUGGAACUUCUGUCCCAUUUAGGGUUUCCCACAGAGCAGAUCCUUGCCUCGGCGACGACCAUUCCUUGCCUUGUGCCGCUGGGGACUUCGAUGUUGGUUUCCCGCAAGGAGAACGAUCGGCCCCGGGUUGUUCCUCAUGGGACUACGAAUAUCGCUUUUGUGGGACAGUAUGUGGAGAUUCCUGGUGAUACGACGUUUGGUGUCGAGUACAGCGUUCGAGGCGCCGCGAUGGCAGUGCAUACUCUGAUGGGUUCAGGACAUGGCCCUCCGGCAGUGAGGAGGAGUAGAUUAUUGGAAGUGUUUGAUUUGCUGUGUUGA